AUGGCGUCCUCCAGCCUGCGCUCGGUGAACCCGAACGCGGAGAUCAUGAACAAGGCGGCCGCGCUGUUCAUGAACAUCAACGCCGCGAAAGGGCUCCAGGACGUGAUGAAGUCCAACUUGGGGCCGAAAGGGACGAUCAAGAUGCUCGUCGGCGGCGCGGGAGGUGCGCGGCUGAACGACGGCAACGUGCUCCUGAAAGAGAUGCAGAUCCAGAACCCGACCGCGGUGAUGAUCGCGCGCACCGCCGUCGCGCAGGACGACAUCACCGGCGACGGGACGUCGUCCACGGUGCUCAUCAUCGGCGAACUUUUGAAACAGGCGGAGCGGUACUUGAACGAAGGCCUUCACCCGCGCGUGCUCGUGGAGGGGUUCGACGCCGCGAAGAGAGCCGCGCUGAAGUUCCUGGACGAGUUCGCGUCGCCCGCGUGCGGGAUCGCGAACGCGGACAAGGAGCUCCUCACCUGCGUGGCGCGCACGGCGCUGAGAUCGAAACUCCGCGAAGACCUCGCGGAUAAGCUCACGACGAUCGUCGUCGACGCGGUGACGUGCAUCGCCAAGGUGGACGAGCCGAUCGAUCUGCACAUGGUCGAGAUCAUGCACAUGCGUCACAAGCUCGACUCGGACACGAGGCUCGUGAGCGGUUUGGUGCUGGACCACGGCGCGAGGCACCCGGAUAUGAAGAAGCACGUCACGGACGCGUUUAUUCUCACGUGCAACAUCUCGCUGGAGUACGAGAAAUCUGAGGUGAACUCGUCGUUCAACUACACGAACGCGGAGCAGAGAGAGAGGAUGGUCGCCGCGGAGAGAGAGUACACGGACGAUGUCGUCCGCCGCGUGAUCGCGCUCAAGAAGCGAGUGUGCGACGGCACGGACAAAGGUUUCGUCGUCAUCACGCAAAAGGGGAUCGACCCGAUCUCGCUGGACAUGCUCGCGAAGGAAGGGAUCGUCGGCCUGCGCCGCGCGAAGAAGCGGAACAUGGAGCGUCUCGUCCUUUCUUGCGGCGGCGUGUGCAUCAACUCCCCGGAAGAUCUCGCGCCGGAGAUUCUCGGCCACGCCGGCGAGGUUUACGAACACGUCCUGGGCGAAGAAAAAUACACCUUUGUCGAAAAGGUGGCCAACCCGAACUCGUGCACCAUCCUACUGAAGGGGCCGAACGACCACACGAUCGCGCAGCUCAAGGACGCGGUCCGCGACGGCCUCAGAGCGGUGAAGAACGUCCUCACGGACGAGAAGGUUGUCCCCGGCGCGGGCGCGUUUGAAGCCGCGCUCAACGUCCACCUUUUGGAGACGGUUAAGAAAACCGUGGAGGGCCGCGCGAAACGCGGCGUGGAGGCGUUCGCGGAGGCGAUGAUGGUGAUCCCGAAGACGCUCGCGGAGAACAGCGGGUACGACGCGCAGGACGUGUGCAUCGCGCUCACGGACGAGGUCGCGAAAGGGAACAAAGUCGGGCUGGACAUCGGCACGGGCGAGCCGUUUGACCCGACGACGAUCGGCGUGUACGACAAUUACAUCGUGAAGCAGCAGAUUUUACACUCGGCGCCCGUCAUCGCGACGCAGCUCCUGCUCGUGGACGAGGUCAUGCGCGCGGGGGUGAACAUGCGCAAGCGUUGAUGACGGGGAAGACUUUGGAGAGGAGGAGGUGGAGGGAAGGAGCGCCGUCGAGAAGCGCCGUCGGGGGUCUGUCGCCGCGAGCGCGCGCGGCGCCGGCGCGGUGGAGAGGGGGAGAGGGAGAGAGAGAGAGAGAGACCGAGCGCGCGCGACGAGGGCCCUCGUCGGACGCGCCGGACGGACGGAUGGGCGGGUUUUGAUCGUCGGCGGUGCGGCGCUUUAGCUCCUCCUGACUAAUUUGUUUACGAGACACGAGAGGCGUCUGUC